ACCAACAUGGGGAUAUGAAACCACGCAGCGCCCAGCGCAGUCCUCGUCGAUGACGGGACGGGAGCAAUUUAUCGGCGGAUUUGGCAAGGCAAAGAGAAGCCGAUCAAAGCAAGGGGGGUCGGGGUUUGCUUCCCCCCUCCCACCGGGAUUUUAUCGCGCGGCCUCUAUCGAUCGAUCAAUCGAUCAAUCAAUCAGUCACACGCGACCCCAAAAAAACGGGACUUGUUUUGGUUUUGGGGGGGGGAGGGUACAGCUACGAUGUGCUUGUGCUGCCGCGGCUCGUCCACACAGCUCCGGGGCGGAAGUGAAGCUCUGGCCGGAUGAUGGACAGGACUUACCCGGGCUCCGGCUUCGCGGACACGCUGGCUCCCCCAGCGCAGACCGGAGCCUCUGCUUGGGCCUACGAACGUAGCGCAGCGAGCGUCAAACCAAGUUCCAGUUAUGGUGCGGCACACCUUGACACGGAGCUCCAGCGGCAAAGUUAUGCCUCUACCCAUCAGCUUUCCACCUACACUACAUCACACCAUCCAGCAGGAGCAUUUGACUCGAGCGGUAAUUCCUCUGAGACCUCAAUCAUGAGCUUCCUGUCUGCCAUGGAGUCUAGAAGCCUUCAGGCUGGUCCUGUUAGUGCCUCACUGCUCCCACCUUUUAGGACCCCAUCAUGGGCUGCUGGUACCAACUCCUCAACGACAGAGCUGUAUCUGACUGGUGCCCUGCCUUCUACUGCCACUUUCCCCUCUCCUGCUGCUCUUUCAACAUACCAGCACACUGGUGCCUUCCCUUCCAGGAGUUUUGCUACCACCCCCUCACUAGCCCUCCAGGACCCUGCCUUCAGCACUUCUACCAAUGGCCUGUUCUCUCACCAUGACCCCCUCCUCCACCUCAAAUCCAGUCAGACUGUCCUCCCCACCGCACUGGCCUUCAACCACCUCUCUACCCCUUCAUUGGGCUCUGCUCUCCCUGUUCAGUCAUCAACCUACCGCUCUGCCCAAGAGUCAGCCCCCCACCUCCUUCAGCCCCAGUUCAGCCUUUUACCUUCUGCCCUGCCUGCUACCCAUGCUGCUGCCCAGCCUUAUGGGGCUGCAGUAUUCUCAGGCUCCAUUGAAAGAGCACUUCAACGUGAAUGUAGUGUGAUCAAACACCACCAGAGGCCCUCUAGUAGCCACACAGCCUCAGAGCAGCUACCCAGCUCACAGCACUCCUUGCAGGGUUACUUGGGCUCAGGCAGUGAUGCGGAGGUAUCCUACCAACAGGACCAGUCCCGUCAGACCCCAGUGUCCUGCAGUUCCUCUACAGGGGUAAGCUCCUCUCAAGGGGUUAACAGUGCUCCACAGCCCAAAACGGACUCGGCAACUCAGGCCUAUUCAUCCACUUUAGCAACCAAGGCUAAAGAUUCCUCUUCUAAACUAGCAACGCAUCCCUCUGGGGGAGGCGAGAAUCAUGGCCACUCACAGAGCCUGACAGGGGGCUCCCCUGAGACCUUUUCUUCCCCAGGACAGAAACAGAUCUCAGUAACUGCUAGCCAGCAGUCAGUUCAGCUGCCCAGCCUGCUGUCCAACAGUCUUUCUCAAACCUAUAUCAGCUCCAACACCCAGCCCCUACCUUCCCACCCAACCUCAGACAAACUUCCUUCCCUUUAUAAGACUCUGCCUUCCUUCUCUAGCCAGUCUGGUAGUGUAGCAUCCACUAGUCAGACCAUUGUUUAUUCUUCAAAUCCUGGACUUGGUCAGGUACAGGAGGCUCAGUAUGGAGCACAGGUACAGGGCUUGUGUCAGGUGAAUCUCUCAGAGGCUUACCCCUCUUCCCACUCUCAGGGUACCGCUAGUGUAACUUACUCAUCUCAAUCACACGGGCAAGCUUCAGUCACUCAGUCUCAUAGCUAUGCUACAGGACAAUCCCUGAACCCUCAUUACCCAUCCACAUGUGCACAGAGUCUACCCUCAUUAAAUUCUACACAGGGUUACACCCUGAUGCAGUCCUCGGUGGGAGGUAAAUCCGAUAGCACUCUGUCCCAACAGCAAACGCAAUCUCAGAAAUACCUUUUGUCUACUCCAUCAUCAAGCUACUCUUCGGAUGUUCACGCACAAGCCUUACUGAACGAUAUCAGACCCGCAGCACAGGAUCUAAAGCCCAACUAUGGCAAACAGAAACUUGAAGAGCUUCCUAUUCAAGACCUUCAGGGCCUUCAGCAAGCCCCCAUGGAGAACCCUGCAGCAGACAGCAACAUGGCUGCCCAUGACAAUGUGGUCUAUGUUGUCUCAAAAAUGGAUGACCGCUGCAAAGCACAGAGUGUUAUCCGGAGCAAUUCACGCUCCGAGGAGCAGCAAAUGGGACUAAGUCAUACAAACAUGGCCCAGGUAAAAGAUGAAAGGAUGGGCCCUCUCAGCCAACAGCACAUACAGUUAAGCAGUGCCAAUUGUCGGGGGACAGCUGACCCCAAAACAAGUAAUUCCAGUAUUGUUUCUUCCCAUUUACCCCUUGGUGCAGAGCAGCUCAAACAGCACUGUGUUCUGCUCAAAUCCCCUGAGCCACAUCAACAAAACCACCAAAACGGCACUCAGGCCCAGAUUCAGACUUCAAUAGCCCAGACCCAGUUCAUCAGGGUCCCGAGUGCCCAGGUUCUUCUUGAGCCCAACCAGAUGAUUCUUCUCCAGCAGCCACUUGUACAACCUGUUAACAACCCUCCGAAAGUAGCAUUGGCGCAUAUGCAGGCCAGCCAAGGUUCUGGGCCUGUUCAUGUGCAGUACCUUCAGAUGGAUCGGGAACUGAUGAGCUCCAGCGUUGGUGAAAGCCAGAGUCAACAGGCUGCGAUAGUGUCUGUACAGACCUCAGGAAGUGCUGAUUCCUCUAAACACCUUGUACCCUCAAAAGACCAUUACAAUCAGUCAGCAAGUCAGCAGUCACAUGAUAGCAAGAACCACUUUGUGCUCAACUCCAUCUGUUUCCCUGACUCUAUGUUACUGUCAGAUGACAGAAAUAUUCUUUCCAAUGUUGAUGAUAUCCUGGCUGCCACAGUAGCUGCCUGCGGUGUGACACCACAGGACUUUGUCAAAGCUACAUCCGCUGCCGAGGGUGAAAUGGCAGUCAUGGCAAACCCUGUAGACUCCAAGUGUCACUUCCAGACUGUGGACAUGAGACACAUGUCACCUAGUUUCUCCUCAGCACAACAACCAAUCAUUGCAAACACUAACACUCACACUAUGACACUAAAUGGAGGUCAGAUGGUCACAGAAUGUCAGAGACAGCCUGCUCAACUACAUAAUGGUUCUGACCUGAACCCAAAUGGAGAUGGAGGGAGCUCAGAGAAUGACUACCCCUUACAAAGCCAGGUGUAUGAUCCAUCAGGGCUCCACAACAGCGUCCGGGGGAACAUAAAGGGUAUCAAAAGUGAGGACAGUCUCACAGAGAGUCCAGGUACUGAAUGCUUUCCAAGAAAGAAGGUGCGCUCCAAAUCCUUAACAAAGUCAGCUGGUUCCGAGGAUGAGAAUGGUCAGACCAAGCCAACCAAACGCAAUGGGCCGGCUAAGCGGCAGAACUCCCGGGGUAGUGACACAAAUCCUCCAUCUGCCUCACAUGCUGUCUGUGAUGGCUAUCAGCAGCAGGAGAGAAUCAGGCAAAAGAUCCGGGAAGUGGAAGAGAAACAGCCAGAGGUCAAAACUGGAUUUAUUGGCUCCUUCCUUGACUUCCUGAAGUCCGGCCCUAAACAGCAGUAUUCCCCUAGUCCAGCAAGGACUAUCAGUCGCCCCAGAAAGCCAUCCACCUCUUCAAGACAACCCUCAUGCCCCUUACCUCCUCUGCCUCCAAAACUACAGUCUCCAGCAGGAGCUUUGAUUCCCCAGGAGGGCCAUGAGGGACAUUGUCAGCAGAAACGUCUAGAUGAGGAUCUGCAGAAGAACUUAGACACUCUGCCUUCAUUCAGCUCAGACGAAGAGGAGAAUAUAGGGAAGAAUCAGGCCCUGAGGAACAGUAUCAGUUCAGCCCUGUCAUCCCUGGAUGAGUCUUCAGAUAGGAGGCCUAGAACAGACAACAGAAUUUCUGGCUUUGUGAGGACGCCAGACCAAGCUCCAAGUAUGCUGCAGCCUGUCACUGAGACCCCGGUGCAACAGCAGGCAGCUCCUAAACAGAACACAGACGGCACCUCGACAGGAGGUACCAUGUCAUUGGCUCAAGAGGGAUUGAAGAAGACGACCACAGGCCAGUUGGCACUCCAGUUAUCCAACGUUGCUGUUGAAGGACUGACUGAUGAGGAGCUAUCAGACAGUGGAGGGGAGGGAAUGUACCGGGAGAGAGAUGAGUUUGUCGUCAGAAAUGAAGAUAUUGAGAACCUGAAGGUGACAAUGAGAUCGGGGCAGGAGCCCCCAGCCAUCUGGAAGGUUCAGAAGGCUCUGCUGCAGAAGUUUGUACCUGAGCUAAGGGAUGGAAAGAGAGUGUUUUCAGCCACUAACAGCUAUCUUGGAUACUUUGGUGAUGCUAAGACCAUGUACCGGAGGGUGUAUGUAAAGUUUCUGGACACGGUUAACAAGAGAGAGUAUGUACGAGUUUGCAGUCGCAAGCCCCGCUGCAAGCCCAUGAACUCUCUUAGGGGUUCUCAGGUGAAGACCUUACUGGGGCUGACGACAACAUCCUCCUCAGUUUCUCUUAGUCAAAAGCCCCGGCCCAAACAAACCAAACCAAGGGCAGAGCCCCCACCCAAGAAGAGGAGAAAGUGGAAAGAACAGUUCUCACCCACUCCCUCAGGCUCCUCUGCUGAGGAGGGUGGUGAGGAUGAUGAGUUCAUCCCUCCAGUGCCGUUUGCCUCACGGUUCCUCAACACUCGCACCAUGAAGGAAACAUUCAAGAGCUUCGUGGAGCUGCUCAUCAGCGUUGCCGUGGAUGAAGAUGUGUUGACAGCACUUGAGAGGGAGAAUGAUGAGUUACUGCUUCCUCAUAUGAAGAGAGUGGAUGGGAUGAUCACUGAUAACCGGAAACGCCUGCUUCACAAACUACACAUGGGACAGUUCCUGAAGACGGCCCUCGACAACUUCCCAGAGAUCUCUGUGGUGACCGAGCUGAAGAAGGAUGGGGAAACUCCGGCCUUUAAGGUGCGUCUCAGUGGGAAGGCCUACAACAAGAAGACCAUGAAACCCUACAAGAUGCUCAACAGAGUACCCUUGGAGUAUACAGUGGACCAGCAGAAGACUCAGUGGUUCUCUCUAUACCACUCUUUGCAACAUUACAAGUAUCACACAUACCUCAUGUGUAAAGAUGAGAUAGCGUCUCUUCGAGUACAGGCCGGCGAGCUGGGGCAGGAGGAGACCGUUCAGAAGUGUUUACAGAACGGAGCCUGGGUAGAGGGGCUCUUCGACCGCUUUGGCGAACUACUCAACCAAGUGCAGCAGGUCUGCCGAUAGCCCAGCUGGUGACUAUGAAAGAAGAGAAGAAUAAGAAAAGCUUUUCCUACGGGAGAGCGGUCUGCUUGUUGCCUCAGAGGGCAGGAUGCAGGGGACUGCAAAGGAUGGUGGAAGAGUGAUACUCCUCUAGCCUCUGAGAUAUUUGUAUCUGGGACCUUUCCACUGACAUUACUGAGACUGCCGAGGCCCUGUAGCCCAGACGGAGGCAGUAGAGGAAGGAGUGGGGUGGGGAGCACAGCAUCCCUCCCAGUAGAAGCUCGGACCGCAGUAACAGAGGGCACAACUUUGGUGUGGGUCAGCAUUUUGGAGGACCUCAUAACAACUUUCUAUGGUCUUUGUCAUUUCUUUUAGUUACAAGCCAACUGCUAGAGGAUUUUUUUUUUAAACAUUUUUAGUUUAUAUAUAAAAAAAAUCAGUCUUUUUUUAUAUAAAUCAAGAAAGAUUGUAACCAACAAGCAUGCACUAGAUAGAGCAAUUAGCAUAGCAAGUAGAGGACAUUAAAUCAGAAUGCAGAACCUCUAUUUCCUACAGUAAACAUAUAUCAUGCUUAAAUACAAAGAAGCUGAUUUAUUGUAAAAAUUAUAUAUAUAUAUAAAUAUAUAUAUAUAAUCAUAGAUAUAUUUACUGUAUUUGAAACAUCCAUUUUGUAAUGGAGCACCAAACUUAUAUAAAUAAUGUACAUUUUGUAAAAAAAAAACAAAACAAAACAAAAACAGCGCAGUUCAGUUUGUUGCAAUAAUUAUUUUAAGAAAGGAUUUCAUAAACCACAGUAUAGAUACACACUUAUCUUUUCUGCUUGAAAAACAAUUUUGCUUAUAUCAAAUUCUGAUCCUGAUGGAGUUAGUGCAAUUCCAGUUCCUACUUUUUAUGAUGUAUCUGGUAAUAAUGUUAUUACCUUGUUUUAUUUGAGGGUAAAAGAAGAAAAAAAGAAGAUAAAUUUGUCUAUACUAUUUCUUCACAAACUUGCAUUUUAUCACAAAUAGAAAUAUUUUUCACAGAUGGAACUAGUGUUAUAAUGGUUGCUUAUUCAUUACGGUUUUUAAGACACUUUUUUCACUUUUUUUCCCAGAGAGAUUUCCUAAAUCACCUUUUUGUAUGUCUGCUACCAAUUUUUUGCUAUGGUAUAUAUGAAAUCUUGCAAAGAUGCAAUUUGUAAAUUGGAAGCAAAACAUUACCCAUAAUAUGAGUUCCGGCACGUUGUCUCUGACAUUUGCUGCCAACAACAUACCCUUUACAUAUAGGCUUUUUUAUCACAUUUGAGCCAACACAUUAUGAAAGUGAAGUAGUUUAAAAUGGUUGUAUGGUGGCAAGCUUUUCACGGAGCAGCCUCAUUGAUCCUUAAAUUUCACAACAUUUGGAGCCACUUCAGUGCCAAAAAAAAAAUCUUACAAAUUGCAUCUUCUUCACAGGAUCCAAGAAGCUGCAUUUUUGAAUCAUUUCUGCUUUUCAAGUGUAGUUACACUGCAAUUAUUUUCUAAUGUGAAAAUAAAUUUCCUACUUAAUGUAGAUGUUGUGCUCAUGGAAGUCAGAAGACCAUGAAUCAAAUAAAACUACA